AUGUUGAGGUCCGCAUCUUUGCUGCUGAUCCGGGCGGGGGCGCCAACAGCGACCCCCUUCGGCAGCAACACGGCUCAGCAACAGACCCCAGCCUUCGGGGCAGCAUCGACGACGUUCGGCUCCAGCACAACCGGCGCUUUCGGCGCCAAACCGACGUUCGGAAGCACCACAACCGGUGGCUUCGGGACCGGCACGAGCGCCUUCGGUGCGGCAAAGCCCAGCGUGUUCGGCGCCCCCGCCGCGGCCCCCUCCACCUCUGCGUUCGGCCGGACGACGUCCACAACGCCGUUCGGAGCGGCGCCGGCGACGAGCGUGUUCGGUGCCCCCGCGGCCGCGGCCCCGGCCAGCCCGUUCGGCGUAGGCGCUCCCGCCGCCGGCGCCUUCGGCAAGCCGGCGUCGAGCCCCUUCGGCGCCACGACGGCGCCCGCGCCGGCGGCGGGAGGCUUCACGGGCUUCGGCGCUCCGCCGGCGCCGGCGCCGGCGACGGGACUGUUCGGCGCCGCCCCUGCCCCCGCCGCGGGAGGGGCGUUCGGCGCGACCCCUGCCCCCGCCGGCGGCGGGCUGUUCGGAGCGGCUCCCGCGACGACGGGAUUUGGGGCCGGGGCCGCGAAGUUCGGCGCGCCCGCACAGCAGCGGCAGGGGACGGGUAACCCCGCGUGGCGAGAGACUCGCGCGGAGGACCCGACAGGCAAGGCUGGAGCGAACCCGGGCAUGCUCCAGUCGAUCUCCGCCAUGAAGGAGUACGAGGGCAAGAGCCACGAGGAGCUGCGAGUCGAGGACUACCUCCUCAACCGCAAGAACAGCUUGGCCGUGACAGCCGGCGCCACCGCCGCCGGCGCCGCCCCAAGCUCCGGCCUCUUUGGGACCACUUUCGGGUCGUCUGCCGCCACCGCUCCUGCUGCCACCGGAGGCUUUGGCUUCGGAGCGGCCGCUCCUGCGUCUUCCGCCGGCGGUCUCUUCGGGUCGUCCGCCGCCGCCGCUCCUGCCCCUACCGCUGCCGGAGGCUUCAGCUUCGGAGCGGCCCCUACCUCGGCGGCUCCUUCCCCCUCGCCCUUCGGCAAAACGUUCGGGGCACCGGCCCCGGGAGGCUUCGGGACCGUCUCCGGCGCCACCACUCCAGCCCCCGCUGCCACGGGCGGCUUGUUCGGAGCCCCGGCCGGAGCGUCCGCCGCCGCCGCUCCUGCCCCUACCGCUACCGGAGGUUUCAGCUUCGGUGCGUCCGCUACUUCGGCGGCUCCUUCCCCCUCGCCCUUCGGAAUAACGUUCGGGGCACCGGCCCCGGGAGGCUUCGGGACCGUCUCCGGCGCCACCACUCCCGCCCCCGCUGCCACGGGCGGCUUGUUCGGAGCCCCGGCCCCGGCCCCGGCCACCUUGUUCGGCGCUCCAGCCCCCGCCCCUGCGGCCGGCGGGUUCAGCUUUGGCGCCCCCGCUUCCGCUGCGCCGGCGCCCGCCACCACCGGGUUCGGAGGGCUCUUCGGAGCCACGCCCGCCCCCGCUCCGGCGGCGGGAGGAUUCUCGUUCGGUGCUCCGGCCACCGCCGCGGCUCCGGCGACGGGCGGGUUCAGCUUCGGAGCGCCGUCCCCCGCGGCGAAGACCGCCUUCGGCGCGCCCGCCCCCACCCAGUCGGUGUUUGGCGGGACGGCGGGAGGAGGCCUUUUCGGAUCGACGCCCGCCGCCGCCACCGCCCCCGCGGCGGGAGGUUUCAGCUUCUCGAAGCCCCCGGCCGCCUCCGCCGCCCCUGCCCCCGGCGGAUUCGGCUUUGGAACCGCCGCGGCACCUGCGCCUGCUACCACCAGCGCGUUUGGUGGGUUCGGAACCACGUUUGGGGCCGCUGCUCCCGCCCCAGGUGCUGCGUCUGGAGCGCCUGCCUCUGGCGGGCUGUUUGGAACGGCGCCGGCGACCGGCGGGCUGUUUGGUUCGAUGACCCAACAACAGCAGCAACAACAGCAGCAGCAACAGCAACAGCAGCGAGUCGCCCUUCACAAUCAGGACCCCUACGGCGCAGCUGGCAAUCCGACGUUCGGGUCGGGAGCUUUGGAGCAGAAGGUAGGCGUGGGGGAAGGGCGGGUUGCACGGCGACGGUUUCUAUUGCCAGUAGCUCGCUUGCGCGAGGCCUCGGUAAGGCCAUGUCGUGGGGAGGUUGCCCGUCUCCAUGUCAAGGCCAUGGUGAGGGGGGAGGACAUGAACAGCAGGCGGCUCUCUUUCAUGGUUGGGAUCUAUCCUCGUGCGUCUGCUCAUAUCAAGGGCGUGCAGAACAGCAGCCAACAGCUGGCCAUCAGCUUCGAGCGCCACCACCACGCCGGUUCCUCUGGCGGCAGCCAAGGCGGUGGCACCGGCGCCGGCGCCGGGCAGGCGUCGCCGUCCCUCGGCUUCGCGUACCGCCGCACCCCGCGCUCCAACGCCUACAUCCAGCCCCGCGGCUUCGGCGGCGGAGGUGUCACCGCUUCGGGGAAGAAGGACGGCAAGGGCGGCGGCGGCGGCGGCCCGGCGGUCUCGUCCACCGCCCGGCUGCUCUCGGAGGGGGCGCUCACGCCGGGCCCCAAGUCGGGCAUCCUGAGCCCGGACGCGUACCUGAGCGGAGGCGUGAAGCGGCUCAACAUCCCCACCGAGACGGAGGAGCGGCGCGAGCGCUUCUCGUCGUCGAGGCCGCUCAUCCGGAGCAGCCCCGCCACCGCGGCUAUUGCUGCCCCUCCCGCGGAGGACGGGGGCACUUCGUCUCAGCCGGAUGUUGUUGGCGGCGCUGCCAACGGGUCUGGUGUGGAAGAGUUCAAGGGCGAACCGGCCACAGCCGUACCCGCCACCUCGUCCGAGAUGAACGGCGGUGGCCCGAACAGGGUUGACUUCGCCGCCUCCUCUCCUGAUGGCAGCGCCCGCCACGAUGUCCGCGGAGGGCGGGGCGGCCGCGGCGGCGUGGUUUCGCCGCCGCCCAGCACCGGCGGCAUCGGCACCGACGUGCGGGCGGCAGCGGGGGGCGGGGGCGACGAGAGCCUGCUGGACGCUUCCCCCGCCACCGGAAACGGCCGGCUCUUCCAAGGUGAAGGGGUCGGCGGCGGCAAUGACUUCGCUCCCACUCUGGAUCUCGAGGAGUACAAGACGGAGCCCUCGAUGGCGGAGCUCGCGAAGAUGACAAAGGACGAGCUGGCGGCGGUCUCGGGGUUCGUGGUGAGCCGGCAGGGCUACGGCAGCAUCGCCUGGAAGGAGCCGGUGGACCUUCGUGGCGUGGACAUCGGCAGCGUGGUGGCGAUCGAGCACAAGUCGGUGUCUGUGUACGACGAGCUUGCCGAAGGGGAAGAGAAGCCAGCGCUAGGCGAGGGACUCAAUAAGCCCACCAGGGUCACCCUCUACAACAUCUUCCCCAGGGGGGCGGACCCGUCCGACGCUGAGAAACGCCGUUACGAGGCCAGGGUCAGCAAGAACACGGAGAAGAUUGGCGCGAAGCUUGUGAGUUACGACGUGGACAUCGGAGAGUGGGUGUUCGAGACUUUCCACUGGUCGCGCUACGCCAUGAGUGACGACGACGACGACGACGACGACGACAAGGAUCCCGGCGCCGCCAGCAAGAAGGGCGCCGACAGCGCGAAGAAGAUGCCGCCGCCGCCUGCGCUUGGGCGCGCCGGAAGGGUGCCCCGCCCUGCUCGUGGGACGACGUCGUCGAAAGGUCAGAAGAGGGCUGCUUCCGAAGGACGCAGGAGCACAAAGCUGGCCAUGCCCGACACGGAUGACGAGGGCAGCGUCGCCGACAAUGCCUCAGACGCCGGCGGCGGAGCGAGGGAGGCCUCCAACACCCGCAGCCGCACUGGCGUCGAGGGCGAGAGCAAGAUGGCGGGUUCAGACGCCGCGGGGUUUGAUUCGAUGGACACCGACACCCCGGAGGUUGUGGUGGAUGGCGAUGACGGCACUGCCUGGCCCGACUCCCAACGCGUUACGAGUACCCUCUUCCCGGAGAGGGACCCUUCGCAGAUGGAGCACAUGCGGUCGUCGCUGUUUGGCCAAGAGGAGCGCCGGAUGCCGCGCAAGGCGGCCGAUGUUGGUGCCAGCGGCGGCGGCGGCGGCGGCGGCGGCGGUCGCCCGUUGUCGUGGGCGAGGCUGCAGCCGGAACCGGUCGCCCGUCCGCCGGCGCUGCGGAACCCGGAGGACGCGAAAGCGGCGGCGGCCUUCAGACCCGCAGCCGGCGGCCUCGAGAGCAGGGUGCUGCGGUUGCUGGCGAACGCCUGGGAGCCCGCGGCGGGGGAAGUGGUUUCGGACGCCGCUGCGCGCGGGGCCGUGCGGGCGGGGCAGGCGGUGGCCGACCUUGGGCUCCGCAUGGGGAGGGGCUUCCGCGCAAGCUGGGGGCCCGACGGCAAGCUGUUCUGUCCCCGCGCCAUGGGCGGCGGCGCGAGGAAUGGGUUCCACGGCGUGAGGGUGUCGCGGUUCGACCCCACCCCGUCCGCGUCCGACCGCGACGUGCACAGGCUGUACGUCGAGCCGCUGCGCAAUCACCUAGGCUCCGCGGGUCCGCUUGCUGAAGCACAGGCGAAGCGCCACGGGGCGGCGGCGGCGGCGGUGCCUCCCAGGUGGGCCCUGCCAAGGCGUAGGAAUGAUCGCCCGCAGAACUACGACACUCUCGUGCGCUGCAUUCACGGGUACGUGGAAGUGCACAGGUUGGCGGGCGCCGCUGCUACUUCGUCGUCGCGGGAGGCGGGGGCGGCGACUGAAGAUAGCCCCGAGUGGGUGCUGGAGCAGUCUUGGCGUCUGGCCAGCGCUAUGUGGGGCCAGGAGGAGGGAGAGGGCAGGGUGCAAGACCUCCCGUUGCCGGGCGACCUUCAGCGCGCCGCUGACUUAACGCUCGCUGGCGACUGCGACGGAGGUUCCCCAGCCGCCCGCCGGGAGGCGGCGGUGGGUGACUGGCUUGCGCGCGCCGUUUCCUCCUGCGUGCCUUCCCCCAGCGGUGGCCCUUCUGCCGCCGCCGCCGGCGGCGGCGGUGGGAGCGGCGGCGGCGACGCGGACCGUGAAACCUGGCGGAGGGUGCUCGAGCUGCUCAGCGUGCGCCGGGUCCACGACGCCGCCGUCGCGGCCAUGGCCGCGGGGCUGCCCCGCCUGGCGGUGAUGCUGACGGCGGUGGCGACCCAGGGCGGCGGCGGGGGCCGGCCUCCGGCGCGCUACGGGAGCAAGUUCCUCGCGCAGCAGGCGGCCCAGUGGCAGGCGGCGGGGGCCGACGCCCGCAUGCCUCAGGAAGCGUUCUCCGUGGUCCAGCUGUUGGGGCGCGAAGGCUUCCGCGACGUCGGGCUCAGGGGCUUGAUCUCCAAGGGCCCGGGCGGCUCUCUGCGCCCUUCCCUGGACUGGAUGCGGCAGCUCGGCUUGUGCCUGUGGUUUGGGGCAGGCGCCUCUGCCGGUAUCGGCGGGGAGGAUGGCGAUCGCGACGGCGGCAGCGGCGGCGGCGUUGUUGCCAACGCCAUCGAAGCAUACGACACCCUUGUGGCGGACGGGGAAGCGCUAUUGCCCACCGCCCGCUACUUCCUCGAGCCCACCCACCACGAAAGCGCCCACCUGGACAAGGUUUGCACGGAGCUCAGGAGGGUGUACAUGCCACCGCCACGGCCGCCGGCUGGGCUGUCCCUGGAGAAGAGCGGCGGCGAGGACCGGGGAUACGGCAGAGACCGCUGCGUUCUGCGCUGCCUGCUAGCGAUGUACCCGUCGCGGAAGGCCGGGGGUGGCGUCGGCGGCGCGUCGGGCGUGUCCCUGCUGUCGGCGCUAGAGCCAAUGGCCGUCACCCCGGACGUGAUGGACUACCGGCACUCGUGGCACUUGAUGAACGUCGUGGAGGCGCUCGGGGUGGCGGAGGUCCAGGACCGCGCCAAGGCUGCGGCCGUAACCGAGGGCCUGCGCUUCCAGCUCGUGAGCGUCGGCCUCUGGGAGUGGGCCGUGUACGUGGCGUUGACGGCGGAGGGGGGCCCCGACCGCCGGGCGGCGACCGCUCGCGAGCUGGUGCUCCGGCACGGGUACCGGGUGCUCGGGGCGCCCGUGAAUUCGCCGGACGCGGAGCGCGGCCGCUUCUUGGAGAACUUGGGUAUCCCGGGGGCUUGGCUGCACGAGGCUGCGGCUGUCCGUGCAGGAUAUGAGCACAAAUCGGCCGUGCCGAGCCCCACAUACCCCCGCGAGUCAGGCUCCGCCGUCCCGGCAGUAGGCAGCGCCCACGACACCAAGCUGAAGCUCCUCACCUCUGCCGGGUCUGCGGAGCUGGCCUUGGAGGCAGCGAAGGAGGCGUGCAUGGUAGCACCCAGCAGCAUGUUCCUGGGCGGGGAGACCCUCUCGCUCCUGGCCGAGAAGCUGGGUGAAAUCGCGUGGCUCGUGGAAGAGGGAGGGAAACAAGAGGAGAUUGGUUCGCUUGGCGGCGAGGGAAGGAAAAACGGCGGCGCCGGGGUCGGUAAGGAGUUUUACGCGUACAAGGAAAUCGUUGAGGCGGCGGUGGAGGAGAGGGCGGGGGGAGCAGCAGCAGCACUGCGGCGGUCGAGAGACGAGAUGGACAGGCUUGAGCGCAUGUGGCGCAUCGUGCAGCCGUCCGCUUCGCGGGUCUUGGGAGCCGCCGCCGCGCACCAGACCAUGGAGACUUUCUGGCAAAACCUGGCCCCGGUCGCUGCUGCGGUGUAGGCUGUCUGGACAACGCGGUGUUGCCUUCGCGUUUACUACGUAGUGUUGAAGAGAGUACAGGCGUUGGUCGAAAGCGUUUCAAACUCGUGCUUUGUCGGCGAGAGGUGUUUUUGCCUCAACGAACAGGCGAAACAAUUCACGAUUCACGAAAUUGUAGGGGUCAUUUGGCAAAGUUGUUUAGCUUUUGUUUAGCUUACGUUCAUUGCGGACAAGGAGAGGUGGCUACAGUUAAAUGAAUGUAUGCGAGUGUAUUGUGCGUAGAUACCUCGUUUGCGGAGUUGUGCUUGGCGUUUUAGGGGUAGAGUCGGGAAACGGAAGAGGAGACCACCGGGGCGGCGUUCAUCCGGGCUUGGGUUUUGCUGCCGACGCUGAAGUAAUAGAAUUAGUCACCUCUUCUUGUUGGCUACCGUGUUGACGACAAGGAAAUUCCAUACAUACAUACACAUGCAGGCAGCUGUCUGUCUGUGAGGACGCUCUCUACGUUAUGCGGCUGGAACGGCAGUGACUUUGGAGUAAACGUAGAAGGUGUUGUUGGAGGAGAGCUUCGGAUGACGAAGAAGGCUUUCGGGAGAAGACAACAGCUACAGAAGGGGGCGGGCGCAAUGAAAGCGGAUUGGCAGGAGGAGGAACGGGUAGUUGUUGCCUCGGGGAGGUGUUGGUUUUGGGGGGACCGGAGUGCUCAAUGUACAAGUGUUGACAAGUUGAAGGCAGCGAAAUGGUGAAGCAUGCGGCGAUACAUUCCCCGUUCUUGUAUCCUUGUAAAGGUUGUGCGAAUGUGCCCAUGUCAGAUCUUGUCUCGAUGGUGCGAACACAAACACACAACCUCUUGUGGGCUACGCUGUAUGCAUACAUGCAGUUCUACAGUAGGACCAGGUUGGCGUCAACACGCACCGGCCCUGUUGUCCGUAGAUUCAGCGGCAGCGACCUCCUGCGCAACAACUGCCAUGCACAUGAUUGAUUCCGGCAAUGCCCCACACCUUCCGGC